AUGUCCGAGAACAAAGUUUCUGGUCCCGAAAACGUCUGGCUCAAGCGUGGCCCACUUCGGGUUAAGACCCCGAACGAGCUCGAGGUCGAAGAACCUCGCGGUCGCAAGCGUGACUCUCGAGGAGCCAAAUGCGAUGGUAAGUUCGAGAAGUACCAGAAAGAGUUUCCUUCACUCUCUCUCGGUGAUUCUGGUUUUCGCCUCAAGAAAGCCAGCAAGCCUGCCAAAGAACUCGAUAAUCGAAAGAUCGCAAAGGAAAACGCUUCCAUCACUGAUUCGGACACUGCCGAAGACUCGAAGGAAGAUCGAAUGUCCCAAGACGGAGAGUCCCAGAAAUCCGUCUCCUCUUGCAAUGACUCCACUGCGUCAAUGGAAUUCGUUUAUGAAACCAGCAAUGCUGUAGCCGGUGCUUCGGACAAAGACGAUGCUCCAGCACCGCAACGACGACGAGCUGCUUCUCCUGAUCUUGAUGAGGACCUCGACUGGGAUUUGGAAUCCCUCCCUGAUCCCGAACCUCAAGCCCAGCCGCCAAGGAAGAAGAAGAAGAAAGUUAUCGCUGGGAAUUACCAGAGAUACAAGGGCCAGGGCAAGCGGGUUUACCCCGUCGAGAUCGAAACCGAUCCUCGAACUCUCGAACGCCGAGAGCAACAAAUCGAGUACGGAAAAGUGCUCAAUGAUUACAUGGAAUACAUUGAAGCUGUUCCCAAGUCAGAGCGAGUCAAGGGACAGCCUGUUACACCAAGAAAAGAUCAGGUGAUCUCUCGUCGAAAUUUCGACAAUCAGAUCCGAAAAUGGAAGCGACAGAUUCACUUUUGGCGUGACAUUGAAAAGUGCAUCGAGAUCAAGGAUUCAAGAUACGAAUCUCGAGGCGCGUCUAAGAAAGAGUCCCCAAAAGACUCCCCAAAGAAGGAAUCGCCUCAGAAACUCAAACUUUGCGAUGAACCACCGCAGCCAACCGAGAAUCCAGAGCAACUCUGA